GUCCAUUCCGAGCAAUUUCGGGGUUGGGAAAUGGACAAGCCGAGCUGCAGCCCUCAUUGUCUGAUCUCAACAUCGACAUCGGCGUCCAGGGAUUGGCCAUGACCUUGAGACUUGAUCAUACAGGCACUGCAUGUGAAUCCCGAGCUUCCAGAUAAUGUUCGGGUUCGUUCCCCCUAUAUUUAUGUCUGGUCUGCCUGGAUAUCAUAUCACCCACGGCCACACGCCUCCAUCUGAGCUGCAUCACCUUGUUUUCUCGCAGUGGAACCAAAUCGCAAACCAAAUCAGUCAUGGCUGAAACCGCUCUUCCAAACCCGAAACGCUACAUUACCGACAACGACGAUGAAGGUAACUCCUUCUUCUCGAAGACCGUCAACGAGUCCCUUCCCGUCGUGAACGAUCUCGGUGGGGCUCUCGUGCGUCUGGGUUAUACCACCAACAGACCACCUGUCGUGCUCACCAAUGGCACCGACCUCCAGCUCUACGAGACCUCCACGCUCCAUGAGCUUCGCCCGCUGGUCACACAGGGUGGUGGUGCUAAUGUGUGGUACAUUGAUACGCCUCCUGGCUCGGAGAGCCCCCUGCAUCGGACCGUGAGCCUGGACUUUGUCAUCCAGGUCGCAGGCGAGAUCGAGCUCACGCUGUCCUCUGGUGAAACGCGCAUCAUUAAACCGGGGGACUUGACCAUCCAGCGAUCCACAUUGCAUAAAUGGCGGAAUCCCAGCAAGACUCAGUGGUCUCGCAUGGUUGGGGUUAUGUCAGAGUGCCAACCUGUUAUCACUAGGAAUGGAACAACUCUGGACACGGAAUUCCCGAAGCAUUGAGGCAAAUACGUGGGUUGUGGGACCGAGAUGUAUUUCUAUGGAACUAUUCUCAGAUACAAACUAUUUGAUCUCGAGUGUACGGAAUGAGAGACCCUUUCAAAGGGAUUCAGUAUCUUGGUUUAACAAUGGCCAAAUGGGUGCUUUGGCCCAUGAGCAUCAGUAGAUCUGAAUGAUUGACCAACCCAUCCAGUAUGUGACACGUAUAUCUGAUCAGGAUUGGUCGGAUCAACGUCAUCUGUGCGUCGUAUUUCAACUAGUAAGUCUAGUAUUCACUGGUAUAG